AGCCGUUGAGUCAGUGUCAAUAUCACAUGUAUCCGUUCUGUUCUCACUCAGCGCAUGUGAAGUAACGUUAGAGCUCAAACACACAGUUGAGAAGAUCCGCGUCGAACUACUUCGUCUCCAACAUUGAGAUACCUUACUUUUUUAAGUAUAAUUUUAGUGGGAACUUAGUAUAUUUUGUUAAAAAUAAAAUGACUGAACAAUCAGCGCUGCUUCUGCGAAAACAGCUAGCAGAGCUCAAUAAAAACCCAGUUGAAGGUUUUUCAGCUGGUCUGAUUGAUGAUGAUGAUAUCUAUCAGUGGGAAGUUGUUGUGAUCGGCCCCCAAGACACACUAUUUGAGGGUGGAUUUUUUAAGGCACAUCUCAUUUUCCCUCAUGAUUACCCACAUCGGCCUCCCAAGAUGAAGUUUAUUACGGAGAUUUGGCAUCCUAAUGUUGCAAAGAAUGGCGAUGUGUGUAUUUCCAUACUUCAUGAGCCCGGAGAGGACAAAUUUGGCUACGAAAAACCAGAGGAGCGCUGGCUGCCCAUCCACACCGUAGAGACUAUCAUGAUUAGCGUCAUCUCCAUGUUAGCUGACCCCAACAGCGACUCGCCGGCAAAUGUGGAUGCAGCUAAAGAGUGGAGAGAAGAUCCCAACGGUGAGUUCAAGAGGAAGGUCGCUCGCUGCGUGAGAAAAAGCCAAGAGAUGGCAUUCGACUAAAGGCCCCAUCGCCGUUACGUUUGUUAGUUUAUUCAUAUGCUGUGGUAUCAGUUCCCGUCUUCAUAUCAUAAAGUCAGACUUGAUAGAAAUUUCAGUUUGGUUUAUUUCCCGAUUUCUGUGUUGAUUUUAAAACUCAUUAAAAGCUCAUAUCAACUUAAUAGGUUUAACCGGUGUGUCUGAAAAACAUUUUGUGUGGCAAUGCAAGUCAAAUUCUAUCGAUCAUCUCCCCCCAGAUGAGUCAGUUGUAAGCUUUCGAACGGGGACAGUUUUCACUUUUUGAAAGAUUUUGCACCGAAUAAGAAGUUUAAAGCAAAGCCACCAUAGGAUUAUUUUUUUUCUUCUGAAUGUGUGAGGCAUAGCAUGUUUUGUCAUUAUCAAUCCCCCCCAUCCUCUAGUGUGUCUGUAUUAUUUAUUAUCUUAAUUAUGAUGAAAUGUAUUGCAUGACAUUUGUGUUUUGACUCGCUUUUUUAUCUGCCACUGAGCCAUCAAUUUUGAACAAAGUCUUUUAUGCAAUUCUGGAGUGUUUUGUGUGCAUCUAUGGUACCAGUAGAGGUUGAUGGUCAGAGCCAAUGCUGAUUUCCCUCCUCACUGACAUGUCAGACAGCCCCGCUUCCUUCAAAACAAUACCACAGGGGUCAUCUCUAUCUCUGCUGCCUUAAGUUGUUGUCCUCAGAAAGGAAAAUUGUAUUAAGUGAUGUCAAGUCUCAAUGUCUAUUACGUUUUUGAGCUGGAAUCCGCUUUUGGAUAAAACCAAAAAGUUAGAUUUUGCGUGAGAGACAGAGAAUAUUUUUUGUAUAGAGCUCAAAAGCUGUAUUUUUUGUGUAUGUAAAUAUGAUGUAUUGUACCAUAGCUAUAGGAGUCGAUUUGUUUGUUCCCCUCACACUUAGUUUUGUAGCUUUAUGUUUCUGUUCACUCUUCUGUUCUCAAAAUCCACAUGUAAUUGCUCAUUAAAAUGUAGCAUUUGUCUUGCGUAUCUAAUUUUUGUCCUCAUGUUGUCCUCCCUUUGUCUCGUCUGUCUUAAGUCAUGCAACAAAGCAGUUACCUCAAUAACAUUAAACGGUGCAUACAAUUCUUAGUGACGUAUGACUUUCUAAUAUAUUUGUUUAGUGUUGUACUAAUGCAAUUGUACAUUUACUGUUUAAAAGAAAAUAUACUGAGCAAUAAGUUCUACCCUUUCAAUCUCAAUUAGUCACAUUUUGAUUUGAACUCCCAUUUCUUUUAUGGUCCGUGGCAACAAAUGGAUUUUUGAGCAUUGUAUGUAGAGGAAUGUCACAUUUCUUUCUGCAGCAAUCACACGCUUUUUGCCUAACAGGUUCAGAUAAAUAAAAACAUUACUAUGCUCCUUA